GGCAAACCCAUAACAAAUGGAGACAGACAGGCCUCCACAAGAUUUCCUGCUCUUUGCGCAUUGCCGUUGGUAUUUCCAGUUCAUGCGGUGUGGGCCGAAUCAUGCAGUAUUCCGCAGCCACUACCUCACGGAAGAAAAAUGCUAAACCAGCUUCACUUCCCACGGAAAAACCAGCCAAGACAACUUGCCUCCAGGUCGCUUGGAUUAGCGAUGCAGACGCCACAUUGCAGGACCCCCAAUCUCCUGCUCAUCCUUCUGGGCCCCGUACUGUUGGCUGUGGGCCGGGCCGCUAUGAAGAGCCAAGUGCUGUAUGAACUUGAGCGGGAACCAGCCUAUUGGGAUGCUCAGGCUAGGGCAACACUGGAUGCUGCGCUGAAACUCCGCCCUCGGGAGCACCAAGCCAAGAACAUCAUCCUGUUCCUCGGUGACGGGAUGGGUGUGUCCACAGUGUCAGCAGCUCGAAUACUGCGAGGUCAAAUGGAGGGCAGAUCAGGGGAGGAGACAAUGCUGGCCAUGGACACCUUCCCAUAUGUGGCCCUGUCAAAGACCUACAGUGUGGACAAGCAGGUAGCAGACAGUGCUAGCACAGCCACAGCCUAUCACUGUGGGGUGAAGGCCAAUGCUAAGACCGUGGGGCUCAGUGCUAACGCAGUAGCCUACGAGUGUAACACCACCUUCGGUAAUGAGGUCUACUCAGUACUACGCCGUGCUAAAGCACAAGGUAAAUCAGUUGGUGUAGUGACCACCACCCGUGUCCAGCAUGCCUCCCCAGCUGCUGCUUAUGCCCACUCUGUCAGCCGCAGUUGGUACAGUGAUGCAGAUCUUCCUUCCAGCGCCCGCCAACAGGGCUGCGUCGACAUUGCAACCCAACUGGUCACCAAUGUUGACAUUGAUGUCAUUCUGGGGGGAGGGAGGAUGUAUAUGACCCCAAAAGGCACUCCAGACCCUGAGUACCCUACCUCCAACUCUCGCAAGGGGGACCGCAAAGACAAGAGGAACCUCAUUGACGUGUGGCUGAAGGCUAAACCAAACAAGAAGUCGCACUAUGUUUGGCACAGAAAGGAGUUUGAUGAGAUUAAUAUUAAAGCAACUGACCGACUCAUGGGUCUGUUUGAGCCUAAGGACAUGCGGUUCGAGGUUUUCCGGAACAGCACACGUGACCCCUCGAUUGUGGAGAUGACAGAGAAGGCCAUACAAAUCCUCAGCAAGAAUCCCAAAGGGUACUUCCUGUUUGUGGAAGGAGGGAGAAUUGAUCAUGGCCACCAUGAUGGCAUUGCCAAACUGGCACUGACAGAAGCUGUGAUGUUCGACCAAGCCAUUCAGCGCGCUGCACAGCUAACCAGGGAAUCCGAUACUCUCACUGUGGUCACUGCUGACCACUCCCACGUCUUCACCUUUGGUGGUAACACACCACGAGGGAAUCCCAUCUUCGGUCUGGCACCAAAGAAAGCCGAUGACAAAAUGCCUUUCACCAGCAUUCUGUACGCCAAUGGCCCUGGUUAUGUUCAUAUAAAUGGAACCAGAGGGAACAUCACAAUGGUGGAUUAUUACGAUGAGGAGUACAUGCAGCAGGCUGCCGUCCCAUUGGAUGCUGAGACGCACGGCGGGGAGGAUGUGGCCAUCUACGCCAAAGGCCCAAUGGCUCACCUGUUCCAUGGGGUGAAAGAGCAGAACUAUGUGGCACACGUCAUGGCCUAUGCUGCCUGCUUAGAGCCCUACACGAACUGCCCUCCUCACCCCCACAGUCACACCUCGAGCGGCUGUGUGAACACAACCUCGAGCCUCCUAUUUGGCCUGCUUAGCCUCCUCUGGUUACUCAGAUGACCCCCAAAACACACACACACACACACACACACACACACACACACACACACACACACACACACACACACACACACACACACACACACACACAUCAACACACACACUUACACAAACACAUCGUAUGCAUGCAACAAUAGAGACACUUGAUGCACUAAACAUUCUUUGGGCCCUAUUUUAACGAUCUGAAACGUAAGUAUCAAACGUGAAACGCAAGUAGCUUUGUGGG